AUGAAAAGGUAUGCGGAUUUAAGGAGAUCUGAGAGAGUUUUUGAGGUGGGGCAGAUGGUGUAUCUAAGACUACAGCCUUAUAGACAACAGUCAGUGAGUAUUAAAAGGUCUUUGAAGUUAUCUCCUCGGUUUUAUGGACCCUUCAAAAUUAUCCGCAAAGUGGGGAAGGUGGCUUAUGAGUUGGAUUUACCAUUGACAGCUCGCAUACAUCCAGUUUUUCAUGUCUCUCAGUUGAAACUAAAGCUUGGUAGCAGGAAUUCUGUUCUUCCUCAAUUACCUCCUGUUGAUAUGCAGGGGGUUAUCUUAUCUGAUCCUUUGAAAAUUUUGGCUCAAAGAAGUAAAAGAAAGGAUAAUAGAGCAAUCACUGAGGUUUUGGUUCAAUUGGUGGGUCAAACUGAAGAUGAUGCUUCUUGGGAGGAAUUGUUUCACAUGCAACAGUCGUAUCCGCACCUUGUGGGCAGGUUGGAAAACCUUCGGCCAAACCAAUAUUUGAAACGGUUUGAAAUAAAUGGGUAUGCAGGUGUGAGGUUAUCAAGUUGGGUGUCCUCCCUCUCGAAAUUGGUUCCUAUUACCAUAAGCAAUUGUAAAUGGUGCCAACACAUCCCACCAUUGGACCGAUUCCCUCUCAAGACACUUUGUCUACAAAACUUGAUUGCGCUGGAGUACAUAAUCGAUGAUGGUAGUGACGUGUCCUCUCUUCCCCUCACAAAUCUCACUCAUGAGAAUUUGCCUAAGUUGAAGGGAUGGUGGAAGAGUAGGGAAACAGUAACAGCAGAGCAUGGACGACAUCAUGGUCUUCCAUUAUCCCCAUCAUUUCCUUUCCCUUCUUAUUUACAUAUUAGUGAAUGCCCUAUAUUAAUGUCUUUACUACCACCAGGGAGCCAAACAACACCCUCCACUUCCCAUGUCUUUUCCGAUCUCUCCAAAUUGAAGGUUCUUCGUCUAUUGGAUUUCGAUGAACCUGAAUAUCUUCCAGAGGAGUGGCUGCAAAACCUCACUUCUCUUGAAGAUCUGACUAUUUGGCGCUGCUGUAAACUGCGAGUAAAACUGUCUCCACUCUUUCAACAUCUCACUGCGCUUCAAUAUCUGUGGAUUUAUGACAUCAUGGAACUUAUCAGCAAUGAGGAUGACGAGGGUGCACAGUGCCUUGGACCCACAGCACUUCAUAUAGGUGACCUCAAUUCACUUAAGAGACUUCGGAUCAGCAAUUGUCCCAAUUUAAUAUCACUGCCUGAAGGUAUUCGCCGCCUCACCUCUUUAAGUGUUUUGAGAAUUGUGGAGUGUGUCCUCACUUGGAGAAAAGAUGUGAACGAGGAACAGGAGAGAUUGGCCAAAGAUUGCUCACGUCCCAGACUUUUCAAAUAA